AUGGCCAUAAUGUUUUCAUUGGGGUGCCAGGUCGAGAUCAACAAUGCGAAUAGCAUCCUUAACAUGGUCGGUUAUCGCAAAGUUAGAGUUCAAGAUCUACACCUCAAGCUUCAAAGGAAAGGUCUUCAAUCUGCAUCUCAGAGCGGAAAGAGUUAUGCUCCAAACAUGCGUGUUCUCCGUGAAAGGCUAACAGGAACAAUGACAGUACAACCUACAAAUGUCGAUCUGCCAAAAUCAAAAGUUGUUAAACCAAGCAGUAAAAAUGUUGGUGUUGAGGUCCCUGCAGUACAUAUCAAAAGGCCAUGA